AGAAUUCACGCUCCGCCCAUAGCUUUCACACCAACCUCAUUCUCUCCUUGCUAACCGACCGUCUUUGCUACAGAGCUCUUUAGGCCGUGGUUUGGCGCUCAGUUUUCCACCUUCAACCAUUUGUUCACUACCCUCCACACGCCCUAAAAUAAUUUCAUCAUGAAUGCCCGUCCCCAUAAGCAAUCUAUGUCUGAGCUGAAGCUGCGGCGGCUUGCAGAGCACAAUCAACGGCUGCGAGAGGAUUUAGCACGGCCAAGGCUAAGAGUGAGCGAGGCUAGUACAAGCCUCAUUCGGUACUGCAAAACGACCAAAGAUCAUCUGGUACCAUCCGUAUGGGGGCCCGUGGGUAAGGGUGAAGACCCAUACGCACCUCCAGCUCAAGGUUGCAACUGCAUUGUGAUGUAAUACUCACUAUACCCCAUUGUCUCGACAUACCCGACAAUAUGUUACGCUUGCGUCCUGUCGUAUCUCUACGAAGAAGUCAGGUUCUGUUCGGGCGUGUCAGGUGUUACACUGCCCAGAAAGGCGAUAGUCAUCAUACCCUACCACAUUCGCCAUACCAUUAUCACCCUACGUUCCUUGCGUCCCAUCGUAUCGUAAUUUUUCUUACAAUGAUAUCAAAACAACGAACAUUGGCCUGACAUCUACUUCCUGAUCUACUGCAUGGAUCCAGUCCCCUACCGCCAUGCCUCUUGGCUCUUACACCUUCAAAUCUUCCUGUUUACAUCGGUCUGUCAUCAUCCAUCUUGGGAGCGGUUUUUAUAGUAUUAUUUUUUCUUCCCGGAUUUCCAUUAGUAUAUUGUUUAUUUACCCUUUCAGAGGACUGGAGACGUAGCAUGGGAUGUAACUGUUACCACAAUCAUAUUCGACAGUUUUCUACAUCUUAAUCACCGUCAAUCAGAUAGGAACAGCUAUGCGCCCU